AUGAAGAUUCUCCUCCGCAGCCGGAUGGCGCUGAGGCUCCUCUGGCUCCCCAGGCCACCCAGCCGGCUCUUGCACAAAGACCACCCACUCUGGGCACCUCUGACCCUCGCGGACUUUGAAGCCAUCAAUCGCUGUGAGAGGGCCCUGCCUAAGAACUUCAACUUCGCGGGGGACGUGCUGGACCAGUGGUCCCUGAAGGAGCAGACAGGAGAGCGGCCAGCCAACCCGGCCCUGUGGUGGGUGAGUGGCAAAGGGGAUGAGGUGAAGUGGAGUUUUGGAGAACUGGGCUCCUUGUCCCGAAAAUGUGCAAACGUGCUCACCAAGCCCUGCGGCCUGAACAGAGGAGACCGAGUCGCCGUGAUCCUGCCCCGAAUCCCAGAGUGGUGGCUCAUAAACGUGGCUUGUAUGCGAACAGGACUUGUCUUCAUGCCGGGAACAACCCAGCUGACAGCGAAAGACAUCCUUUAUCGACUGCAAGUGUCCAAGGCCAAGUGCAUUGUGACCAGUGAGGAGGUGGCCCCGGCAGUGGAGUCCAUCGCAAAGGAGUGUCCCCACUUGAAAACCAAGCUCCUGGUGUCUCCGCAGAGUCGGAACGGCUGGCUCAGCUUCCAGGAGUUAUUCCAAUCUGCCUCUGCUGAGCACAACUGUGUCGAGACAGGAAGUCAAGAACCGAUGGCUAUUUAUUUCACCAGUGGAACCACAGGCUCCCCCAAGAUGGCCCAGCACUCCCAGAGCAGCCUUGGAAUUGGGUACACCAUCUGUGGAAGGUACUGGCUAGAUCUGAAGUCCUCAGACAUCAUCUGGAACAUGUCUGACACUGGCUGGAUCAAGGCCGCCAUUGGCAGUGUAUUUUCCUCCUGGCUUCAGGGAGCCUGUGUGUUUGUGCACCGAAUGGCCCAGUUUGACCCUGAAACCUUCCUAGAUACACUUGCCUCUUAUCCCAUCACAACCCUGUGCAGCGCUCCCACCGUGUACCGGAUGCUCGUGCAAAAAGAUCUUAAGAGAUACAAAUUCAAGAAGCUGCAGCACUGCUUGACGGGUGGGGAGCCACUCAACCCCGAGGUGCGGGAGCAGUGGAAGGCGCAAACUGGGCUGGAGUUGUAUGAGGGCUAUGGACAGACGGAAGUGGGAAUAAUUUGUGCCAAUCAGAAAGGACAAGAAAUUAAACCAGGCUCGAUGGGGAAAGGAAUAUUACCUUAUGAUGUCCAGAUUAUAGAUGAAAAUGGCAACAUCUUACCCACCGGCAAAGAAGGGGAAAUUGCCCUCAGACUGAAGUCUACACGGCCCUUCUGCUUCUUUUCUGAAUACGUGGACAAUCCCGAGAAAACUGCCGCCACAAUAAGAGGGAAUUUUUAUGUCACUGGAGACAGAGGUGUGAUGGACAGCGAUGGGUAUUUAUGGUUUGUUGGCAGAGCUGAUGAUGUCAUCCUGUCCUCUGGGUACCGUAUUGGCCCAUUUGAAGUGGAGAGCGCGCUGAUUGAGCACCCAGCUGUUGUUGAAUCGGCUGUUGUCAGUAGUCCAGACCCAAUCAGAGGAGAGGUAGUAAAAGCUUUUGUUGUCUUAUCUGCACCCUUUAAAUCAUCCAACCCUGAGAAAUUAACUCUUGAACUUCAAGAUCAUGUGAAAAAGACAACUGCACCUUACAAAUAUCCAAGAAAGGUGGAAUUUGUUCAAAAGCUCCCGAAGACAAUCACUGGGAAAAUCAAGCGCAAUGUUUUAAGAGACCGUGAAUGGGGACGAGCAGCCUGA